UCAUUCCUUCCUCGGCUGCUGCUGCAUUAUUGCUUUGCUUGUCUACUUGUUCGCGCUUCGUUGUUAGUUUGGUCUUUGAGUUGGCGCUUCCUCGAUUUAAAUCUGAAAUUGUGAAACUCCAUAGUACGAAUAGUAAACCUGUGGUACCAAUAAUAUAUCAGAUUUCCACAACCAGCCAACUGAGACUUUACUUACCUAGAUUCAGAGAUUUGAAACGCUGUUGACUCGUUGAACGCCUUCUUUUUCCGUCGCCCUGCAAGCUUCAGUCCGAUACUUGAACACAGCAAUACUAGUUUACUUACUGCUGGAGUUUGACGUAACGUCACUUACGGACUUCAUACUGUCAUAGGAUAUUCCAAACAGUUUAAAAAUGGUGUUUGACUUCAGAAGGUUCGACGUUUACAGAAAAGUCCCAAAAGACCUGACACAACCUACAACAGCCGGUGCAGCAAUUUCAAUAGCCUGUUCUUUGUUUAUAUUUUUCCUCUUCAUCUCUGAGCUUGCAAGUUUCAUCACAGUAGACGUUGUAAGUGAACUAUAUGUUGAUGACCCACAGUCUGGAGAUAGAAUUCCUGUAUAUUUGGAUAUUUCAUUGCCAGGGAUGGCAUGUGAAUAUGUUGGGCUCGAUAUUCAAGAUGAAAUGGGAAGGCACGAAGUAGGAUUGGUUGAUAACACAAAUAAAGUUCCAAUCAAUGAAGGAGCCGGAUGUUUGUUUACAACUUCAUUCCAUAUCAAUAAGGUCCCUGGUAACUUCCAUGUAUCAACACACAGUGCACCAAGUCAACCUCCUAAUCCUGACAUGACUCACGAAAUUCGGGAAUUGAGAUUUGGAGAUAGGAUCAUGUCGAAUAACAUUAAAAAUGCAGCUUUGAAUUCAUUGAGUGGAAAGAAGACAUUGGAAAAACAUGCUUUGUCUUCUCAUGAUUAUGUUAUGAAGAUCGUACCAACCGUACAUGAAAAUAUAAACGGAGAUAUGCAGUAUGCAUAUCAAUAUACGUCAGCUUACAAAGAUUAUAUUUCAUAUGGACAUGGUCACAGAAUCUUGCCUGCGAUCUGGUUUAAAUAUGAAUUGACACCAAUCACAGUAAAGUAUACAGAAAAGAGACAACCAUUUUAUCAUUUUAUAACAAUGGUUUGUGCAAUUAUAGGAGGAACUUUCACUGUCGCUGGCAUCGUGGACUCUUUCGUGUUUUCUGCAACUGAGAUGUACAAGAAAUUUGCCCUUGGAAAAUUAUCGUGAUCAAGUCUUUUACUCUGGAAAAUUUUUUAUAUCAUCUUAGGCAAAUGCUAAUGAUUAUCAUUAUUAUAGACGCUCUUAUUACAACAACAAAGACAUUAUAUUUAAAAAUGAUAGCUGUUUUCAUUCAAUGUUGUAUUGAAUGCAAUUUUAAUAUUUUAUUUAUAUAAUAUCAGGAUUUCCCAGCAUACAUGGUAAAUUCUGUUUUGACUGAUAUUUUCACUCAUUGGAGCAUACAUAAAUUUUUAUUUUAAAGAUUCCCUUUUUCUCAGCUCAAAUUAAUUUAUAUUUAAUCAAAAGUCGAACUUAUCGAAAGAAAAUGUUUUCAGAGUUUUAAUCUUUCCUUAAUUUUAGGACAGCUUGUCUCAUUUUACAUUGAUUGUAAGUCUAGCAUGGCAUAAAGAUUCAUAUUUUUCAUCAUAUAUAAAAUAAACAUUUAAUAUUAUCCUGUCGACGACUUACCAAGCUUGCCUAAUGCACGGCAAUACUUUAUACACAUGGAUUUUACUUUUAUCAGUCAUGUUUAAAUCUUUACCCGAUUAUAAAAAAUCUGUGAGCAGGCAGAUAAAUGUAGAAAUUGUUUUAUCAAUGCAGUAGCAAAAUUGCAGUUUAUUUUAUUAUCAGUUCAGCAGUCAUGUUUAUACACAAUAUAUAUAAAUAUAUAAAAGAUUUUUUUUAUCACAAGGAAUUCUGAAAACUAGCUAACAGUGUUUUGCUAUUCAUGAAGUUAUUUUUGUUUUGAAAUAUUUUCCUGGAAUCAUGUAAAUGAUUAUUCGUUUUACGAGUUUUACCAAUUGACUUCGUUAUUCUAUAACCACAAUCUGGAAUUACUGAAUUUUGAGCAAAGUGUCUAAAAUUCCCGCACAAUGGUCAGGCAUUUUAGUUGGGUAUUUAAUGCUUUAUUUCAUUUGGUCUCUACUCUCUAUCGAUAAAAAAUUUAUGCUGAAUUUCAUUUUUGUAAAUUUGAAUUGGGUACCUUGAUCUUUUUACAAAAAUAAUCUCAAAACUUUUCACAAGAUGAGAGUUUGUUUUCACAUGAAAAAUCUUUCGCUUCUCAUUCUGACCAAUUCUUGAAAUCCUUUUUUCUUUUUGAAUAGGUCUACAUAGAUGUUUUUUUCUAAGUGUUUAAAGUGACCUAGUUAUUAUUUAACAAUAUAGAUGUAUGGUUUUUAUGCAACUUGAAGUGGAUGGUGCAGUUUUGUUUUUGACUCAAAAUAUUUUAUCAGUUACAUUAGCAAUCGUAGAAUUAGUACUUUUUUGAAUACAAUAAGUGCUGUUUAUCUUCUCAGUGAUAAGCAUAGGUAAGAAAGGGAAAUUCAUUUUACUCACUUUUAUGGCCUUCCUUUUUAUUGCUUCGCUCUUUAAGUACAGUCAUGGCCCACAUUGUUAUUCAUAUGUGUUUGAUUUUAGCCCAAAAUAGGUCUUCCCUUCUUGAAGUGUAACAUUGCCACAAAACUUGUUUUGUUUUUUACUUGUUUUUGUUGAAGGAAUGUUGAGUGUGUUUUAUAGAUCCAAUCCAUCAUUCAUUCUUAUUUUUUGUUGGUUGUUUAUUACUUUGACAUGCUGGACCAAUUUGACUUUUUUUUUUGAAAAUUGGAAAUAAAAAUAAAAUUUGGCUUAAUUGGAUUUUUGUUCCUAACACACGCUCGGCUUCAUAAACAUUGAAAGCAGCUUUCAGCUCUAUCUUCCUACAUUAACUUAUUGACGCCCUGCUAAAAUCUUGUAAAAAUUUACUAGGCCAACCUCCAAAAAGAUUUAAAAAUGUCAAUUUAUAUUUACUGUAUUCACAAAUCAUGUAUAGGUAAAAAGUAUUAACUGCCGUACACAUUACUACAAAAUUUGAUAAAGACGAUUUUAACAAAACGGGCUGCUUUUUAACUUGUCUUGUACUGGUUAUUGGAUUAUUUCAUUCGAACCGUUUACAGUGUCUAAAUUUUAUUUUGCCUAUUUUUAUGCUAGCAGUCAAAUUCAUUAUUUAGUAUAGCUAUUAUUGCUUAAAUUUAGUUUAUUAGGUUAGUCGUUGUUUAUCGCAAAACUAAGCUAAUAUACCAGUUACCAGUACAUCUUCUCUGGGUGGACGACCUAAUGUGCAGAACAUCUCCAGUAAUACCUAGUUGUUCUUGUCUAUUGAAGUGCCUUUCAAACGGACUCUUGUUUUAAUAAUAAAUUGAAUCGUAUGUUAUAUCUACAUUCAUAUAUAUGCAUCCA